AUGGCAUUGACCUUGCCCAAGUUUAUCGUCCUCAAACCCAGCGACAAUAAUGGCUACUUAAGCUAUAUACGUGAAGGCGAAAACAACCUUGGGUUUCUCAAAUUCUUUGAAACUCAAGCCGUGAGUCCAUAUGCUAAGUUCGAAGUGGAGAUUUCCGACACAAAUGGCUUGGUGCAUAUAAGAAGUUGCCAAAACAACAAGUAUUGGCAACGAACCCAAACCGUUUCCAUCGCCGGAGUCCCACCGGAGCAGUACUGGAUUGCCGCCACUGCCCAAAACAAGGAGGAAGAUCAAUCCAAGGAGACAUGUACGUUGUUCAAGUUUGUCCCUGCAGGCCCUGUUACUGGUACGGACCGUACGGUACAAAUCGUGCAUGUCCAAUCAGGGUGCAAUUUAUGCUUAUUGCCAGGGACUGAUCUGCUACUUAAUCGCUGCGUGUCGGCAAACUACCGGGAGUUUGAUAGUAAUGGCUUUGAUAUCUUCAGCAUUAUUGAUUGUAAGUCGUUACUGGUUUUGCCAAAGUACGUUGCCUUCAAAGGACAUAAUAACAAGUACCUGUGUGCUCGUGAAAAUUACUUAGCAUUUUCAGCAGAUGACAUUGGUGACUCAACUGUGGCAUUCGAGACUUUUGUUACUAAUGAUGGAAAGGUUCACAUCAAAUCCAUUUGUGCUGGAAAGUUUUGGUGGGCCAACAAUAGUGCGAUUUGGGUAGGAUCUGAUGACCCUAGAAACAAUGAUGGCCCCCCGUUUCGCCCUGUCAAAGUUGACGAUAAGACUAUAGGUCUUUUCAGUCUGGUCAACAAUAAGUUCUGCACGACCCUCACACGACAAAACGGCGAGGAAUGUCUUAACCCAGCUGUCCCAACCAUCACCAAAGAAGCCAAGUUAACGGUGGAAGAGCCAGUCUUGACAAGGGAUAUCUAUGAUGUCAAAUAUGAUCUUGGUAAUUCCAGGGUUUACCACGAAACAACCUUUAUUAUUGCCAAGAAUUUUGCUAGUAACUAUACCCGACAACCCACCCAUAUGGACAUAAAGCUUUCAUAUACAAAUAUCAAGACUAGUACUUGGAAGAGUAAUUUUCCACUCAAGUUAGCAAUGGAAGCUAAAAUGGAAUUCAACGUACCAUUGAUUUCUCAGGGAAAUAUUGAAAUGUCCGGUGAAUUUCACUCAGAUGUCAAGUGGGAAGAGACCAAAGAAUCGAAAACUUUAGUAGACGUUGUACACAAAAUUGUUGUGCCUGCGAUGACUAAGGUGACGGUUAACCUCAUUGCAACCAAAGGUAAGUGCGAUGUUCCCUUCACUUUCAUGCAAAGUGACACUCUUUAUGAUGGGACCAUUGUCACAACUGAAGUUCAAGGUGCCACUUACACUGGUUCCAAUUACUACAGCAUUCACUUUGAGACUGAAGAAACAAAGCUGGAUCCGUGA